AUGCCGCACGACUGCGUCGUGCUAAGCGGUGACGGCGUGUGCAACGAACACUGGUUUGGCUUCCAGCAGCACGACAACCUCGCCACCGCACAUGAGCGGUACUUGGCGGCAAAGGACCCACUAAUCCUGCGCUACCUCCGCUACGUGCGCUGGCUGCAAGAGGAAUCCUUCCAUAGCCUCAAGGUGCUCUGCCUCACUGGCGGACGAGACAACAUCGACCCGCCGCCCUUCACCAGCAUCGAGCCAAACAUGUACGACCCGCUGCGCGUCAUCAUUACAAAGGUGCUGUGGAUGCACAGCCCGUUCCGCACGCUAUGGUUGCCCACUGUCGCCAUGCUAUUCCUCGAGACGUGUGCCACGUUCUUCCCGCGCCACCAUCUCUUCCUCGUGGACUGGGCUCACGUACGGCAGGCACUGCCAGGUGUCAAUGGACCGGUGUGCCAGAGCAAGGUACGCAUCGCGAAGGACUUGUACCUACGCCGCCCCGCCGACUCACUGCAGGGCAAUGCCGGCAUGAUCGAUAUAUGCUUCCCCACAGAUUUUGAACACCUCACUGUGGUGUAUCGCAACAUAUGCGGGAUGAACAAGGAGGUGUCGAGCCUCACACACCCUCAGUUCUGGAAAACAUUCGGUGGCGACACGACGGCACUCUUCACGACGCGGAGCGGCUUCAACCCACUCAUCGAGGACUUUGAGCCGCUCCAUGUGUUCGCCACGCACCACCCGCAAGAGAUGUGA